UGUUUUGGCAGUUUUCCUUUGAGUCUGAAACCGCGUGAUUGUUCCUAUAUUGACAAAUAUCGUUAGCGGAGAAAUUAAAAUAAUUCUAAGUGAAAAUGAGUGAAAUCGACACCGGUUUAAAUAUGAAUAUGAUUUUGGUUAUAAUAGCUACAGUUCUAUCAUGCAUUAUCAUACAUUUAAUAUACAAGAACAUUUUUGGCAACAAGAAACCUGAAACAGGAGAUGAAACUUCGAGGGCUAUGGUGGAACCAAUUGCACCAGCAUCCGAAAACACUGUAACCGAAAGCCGUCCGACCGGAAAGAGCAAGAAGCGCGGGACAUGGAAACAGAAAACCGAAUUUUCUCACCCUUGGCUUCUUAAAAAUCUCAAGGGACAUCCUGGAAACGUUCUCAUGGUGGACUUCUCUGCGAAUGGGAAGUUUAUGGCUGCAACCUGUGAUGAGCCCAACGUUGCGGUGGACCCUGCCGGCGCUGCAGCACGCCGGCGCAAGCCCCGCGAUAGACGCCGCUCCCCGCCCGCGCCGGCGACGUCGACGCCGCAGAGGAUCUCCGCCGAAGAACUAGCCGAGGCCCUACGCCCGCAUCUGCUAUCCCCCAAGCGGAUGUGGGCCCUGGGCUACCCCUUGGAGAUAGAGCCCAACUCGUCCAAGGCCGUGGUGUAUAUUAACCCGCCGCCGCGGCCUCGACCUUUUAAAUCGUUUGACGUAAACGCGCCGGAAUUCGUCCCUAGUGGAUCCCAUAGUGACAGUGGCAGGGGGUCUUGGGGAUCGACCCCCCGCUCCGAAAGUGAUGAAGAAGCGGAUGCAGUGGAACAUUUAUGUGUGCGUUGUGAUAAAAUGUUUAGAAUGACUCGUGAUGGCGAAUAUGUUUUUGAAGACAGUUGUGUGUAUCAUUGGGGACGUAUUAGCAGUGAUUCUCGCCACACAUGCUGCGAUGCGCCUUUCGGCUCGAGAGGAUGCAGUACGGCGCGCUUUCACGUAUGGAGCGGCACUAAGCCUGGCAUGAAUGGACCACUUGAAGGAUAUGUGCGUGCUCGAUCACCAAGAGGAGGUAUUUAUGCGAUAGAUACAGAGAUGUGCUACACAACGGCUGGUCUCGAGUUGGCCAGUAUUGCCGUGAUAGCAGCAGACGGUCGACUUGUGUACAGGUCGCUAGUAAAGCCCAGCUUCCCGGUGGUCGACCACAACACACGCUUCUCAGGCAUCAGGCCGCGCGACUUGGCGCGCGCGACUAAGACGCUAAGAGAUGUUCAAAACGAUAUACUUGGAUUCAUCGGAAACGAUACAAUAUUGAUCGGGCACGCCUUGGAGAAUGAUUUAAGAGCUUUAAAGUUAUUGCACGGUGCAGUUGUGGAUACUUGUGCAUUAUAUCCUCACUCUCGAGGCUUUCCGCUACGUCGAUCUCUACGGGCUCUUUCGCAAGAGUUGCUCGGCCGUAGCGUGCAGCGAAGUAGCUCCGGCCACUCGCCCCUUGAAGAUGCUCGCGCAGCCUUGGACCUGGUUCUCCUGAAGGUGCACGAGGAACGCGCACAACAAGUCCAUCUUACGAAUCCACUCCCAAUUCUACAACCUUACGACCCCCUUAUUUGUGCCGCCUAACUCUUAAAUGAUAAUUGACAAGUUUGUUUGUAAACAAAUGCUGAAAAGUUUUAUGCAUGAUUCUCAAUGAAUAUAGACGUAUAUUACGUUGACGGAGCGCGCGUACCAAGGUAUGUGGUAUGUGCCUUCGAAUUGCUCCAUCGCAAUAAACGUAAUAUUUUUUAAUAAAA